GAGUCGUGAACUCCAUUGGUUGAAAAACUAGGUUAGUGGUCCGACAGGCAUGACGGCGAAGAGAAACUGGGUCACCGAUUGAAAAUCGUUUAUGUCACAGUUCUCCGUGUUGCAAUCACAUAUUACCAGCGGGCAUCAAUGGAUAGACGGACCGUGGCUCACAGGUUAUGUAGACGGGUCAAAACAGCUGUAUAAGAAUCAUAUUUAGACAAACCACAUCAAAGCAGAUGAAAGUAGGUCAAACUGAAUCAAACCAGACUCUGAGCGGACCAGACUGAUCCAGACGACACCAGGCGCGUCCAGGAAGCCUGUUCAAGUUUCCUUUCCAGUUGAGGGCUCAAAAGUGGAUGGAAGGAGAUGAUUUUAAUACAGAGGCUGUGAUGAACAUCUGUGAUGACCUGAUGGCAGACCAGCGGAUGGACAUCUCGUCUACAAUGACUGACUUCAUGUCCCCCAGUUCCACCGACCUCAUCUCCAGCUCCAUCAGCACACCUAGCAUGGACUACAACCGCAAGAGGAAAGGCAGUAGCACAGACUACCAGAUUGAUGGCUUCUCAUUUGACGACAUGGAUCCAGAUAAGGAUAAACUGGGCAGUGACCACCAGGGCAGGAUUAAGAAUGCGAGAGAGGCUCACAGCCAGAUUGAGAAACGUCGGAGGGACAAGAUGAACAGCUUCAUCGACGAGCUGGCGUCUCUCGUACCCACCUGUAAUGCAAUGUCCCGCAAACUGGAUAAGCUAACGGUCCUCCGAAUGGCGGUCCAGCACAUGAAGACACUCAGAGGUGCAGCUAACCCAUACACAGAAGCAAACUACAAACCUUCCUUUCUCUCUGAUGAUGAACUGAAGCAUUUAAUACUAAGGGCUGCUGAUGGUUUCCUGUUUGUGGUUGGGUGCGAUCGUGGCAAAAUCCUAUUUGUUUCCGAAUCUGUGUACAAGAUUCUGAACUACAGCCAGAAUGACCUGAUAGGUCAGAGUCUUUUCGACUACCUUCACCCCAAGGACAUUGCUAAAGUCAAAGAGCAGCUGUCGUCCUCAGAUACCGCUCCACGAGAGAGACUUAUUGACGCUAAGACCGGACUUCCUGUGAAGACGGACAUCACUCCCGGUCCAUCUCGACUCUGUUCUGGAGCCAGACGGUCAUUUUUUUGCAGGAUGAAGUGCAACAGACCUUCCGUCAAAGUAGAAGAUAAAGACUUCCCCUCCACUUGCUCCAAGAAGAAAGCCGACCGGAAGAGCUUCUGCACCAUCCACAGCACAGGGUACCUAAAGAGCUGGCCGCCCACCAAGAUGGGGCUGGAUGAAGACAACGAGCCAGACAACGAGGGCUGCAACCUGAGCUGCCUGGUGGCCAUCGGCCGCCUACACCCCCACAUCGUCCCUCAGCCCAGCCCGGCAGACAUCAGGGUGAAGCCCACAGAAUACGUCUCCAGGCACGCCAUCGACGGCAAGUUUGUGUUCGUCGACCAGAGAGCAACAGCUAUCCUCGCCUACCUGCCCCAGGAGCUGCUUGGAACCUCCUUCUAUGAGUAUUUUCACCAGGAUGACAUCAGCCACCUGGCCGAGUGUCAUAGACAAGUGCUGCAGAUGAGAGAAAAGAUCAACACCAACUGUUACAAAUUCAAAAUCAAAGACGGCUCCUUCAUAACGUUGAGGAGCAGAUGGUUCAGCUUUAUGAACCCCUGGACCAAGGAGGUGGAGUACAUCGUCUCUACCAACACUGUCGUAUCGUGUCCUAUAAUGGAAGGAUCAGAUUACCCUCAGUCUGCUGGAUCUCCACAGAGUAUGGACAGUGUUCUAACCUCAGACGGUGGAGGGAGACGGGCUCUGCAGAUUGUUCCUGGCAUCCCUGGUGGCACAAGAGCGGGAGCCGGGAAGAUUGGCCGCAUGAUAGCAGAGGAAGUGAUGGAGAUUCAGAGGAUUCGAGGUUCAUCCCCCUCCAGUUGUGGUUCCAGCCCACUGAAUAUAACCAGCACCCCCCCACCUGACACCUGCUCCCCGGGGGGCAAGAAGAUUCAGAAUGGCGGGACACCUGAGCUGCCGAGCACGGGGAUCAUUCCUGGACCUGAUUCUGUCGGCUACCCUUACUCCAACCAGUCCAUCAUGAGUGAUAAUUCCCACCUGAGCAUAGAUAUUAUGGAUGACCCCGGCUCCAGCAGCCCAAGCAACGAUGAAGCGGCCAUGGCGGUCAUCAUGUCCCUGCUAGAGGCGGACGCCGGCCUGGGCGGCCCCGUCGACUUCAGUGACCUGCCCUGGCCUUUGUGAGGAAUCUGGAAGGGAAGGUCUAGAGCCACUGAUGGAGAGAGUUUGGUCAUCCUGAUUUUUUUUUUUCCUCUGGAUCUCCUGUUUUCUGCCAUCUGUACACAACUACACUGAAAAAAAUGGCGUCUUGAAAAGAGUAUUUUGAGUUUGUAAAUACUGAAGAUUUUUAUUCCCAGAAAAGAUGUCGUGUCCGGUUCAGACCGGGUGGUUGGUUAGACUUUCACUCCUACUCUUUGAUUCAUCAUUCCUCGUAGGUGGGCCUGACUCUCAUGGAGACAAACCAUAGGGUUUUGAUAGCUCCUGCACCAAAUGAUGCAUCAUUUUUCCGGUGUUGGUUGCCUGCAUAUUGGGCGCCUCGUCACAUGGACACGUGGAGAGACAGUCACUCCGAUGACAGCCCAGAUCAUGGAAGCAAACGUUACAGAAAUGUGGUGCUAACAUGUCGAUGGUCCUUCACCGACUGACUCCUGUCUAGCAGUGGCUCUGGGACCCCAAACAAAAACGGGUCAACCAGCCGCCCAGGACUCCUGACACGUUGAAAGACUGAGGUUUGCUGUGGGUUUGAGUGUUGUUCAGUAGGGAGCGCUUGAUUUGUGCACCAUGCUGCGGUCGUCUAAACACCCUCCAAGGGUUUACAUCCAAGAUUCCCUGUAACUGCACAAACACAGAACCCGCCCUAAAAAGGAAGUUGUUUCAGCCAGCUGGAAGCAAGGAUAAAUCAUUUUGAAGUUUUGCUUUUAAGAUCACCAACAACAAAUUUUAAGAAAAGACAUAUUUUACUUUCAGUCAACAUUAUAAAAAGCAUUUUUGAAACCCCCCUUUCUGCCAGUUCUUCAACUUAUAUGAGCAUUAAAUGUGUUUCUUCCCAACUAUUCUGCAUUCAGUUUGACAGAACGUUUAUCCCAACACAGCCUGCAGUGCUUCACGUGGAACGUAAUGAAACAAUAUUGGCUGCCCAUAUCCAGAGAUCGUUGGAAUAGACACCGCAGACAAGUCGCCAGCGCAUCACUGGGCAACACAGACACACACACAGGAUAAAGAAAAACUACCGUGCGCACACACACUCAUGCUGAAAGAGCCACAUUAGUGUAACCAGUAAACAGCCAUGUUUUUGGUAUGUGGAGUGAAACCGGAGUACCUGCAGAGAAUCCACGCUUGUCUCCAUGCAGCUCAGGUUUGUCAUAUUAAAAAAUAAAUUUAUAAAAACUUCCUCCUUUUAAUGUGAAGUAUAUCCUGUACAAUUCAAGUAAAACAGACAUCUAUUAGGCUAAAAAGCAUAAAUAUAAGAAAAAUAAUUUUAAAAACCUGUAAAUCCCUGCCUGCACAGAUGUGCAGGCAGGGAUUUACUUAAACUAAUACUGUUUAUGGAUGCAAAAACCUUUAUUAGACCAUAAGAAGACAUGUUGUGCCCUUCUGACUGACACUUCUGUCCAGUGAGAUGCUUUCGAAUCUUCGUUGCCUCUCCAAACUGCGGCUUAAAAGAAGGGAUGCAAAAAGCCAGGAAAAAUCUACCAGUACAGCUGGACUUUGUCAGGAUUUACUAAAUAUUAUGAUAAGUGUGACGCAAUAAGGCUAAAUGUUGAAAUUGAAUCAAAAGGUGCAUUAAACAGUUUGUUGAUGGGUGUGCACAUUUACACAACCAGAUUAUUUGAAAAUAAGCACUUUUAUUGUUUGCAUAGAUGUUCUUUCCAAAAACUGUUGAAAACAAUCCCUGCUCAAAAAAGCUCUGACCGGUUCACUUUCGCCCGACAUGACAUCAGUGGUGAAAGUGGGGCGAGGUCUGGGAUUUAAAAUUUUAUCACGAUAAGUUAUUUUACAAUAUAAAAAGCUAAACUAAUGGAAAGACGAUCAUGGUAUCGUUUUUUUUUUUUUUUUAAAGGUGACAAAUUAUGUGGAGUGACUUGGAUGAAAAUUGACCUUACAGUCUGGCUACUAGCUUUAAGUAAAAUUAUAGAACAGAGACAGAUUAGCAGCAUUUUCGUCAGAUUAAAGGUUUUAUAAAAUGAAUAAAUGUAGCCGUUUGGUGGAUAAAAGCCUUCCCGCUUAGGUCUUGUAGACUUUUGAGUUGGCUUAAAUUCAUUUCAUUUCACAAACCUUUUGAUGGUUAGUUCAUAUGGAGGAAAAAAGGCUCAGUGAGUGUCAUGUGAUUCCUUUUAUGCAAAAAAAUGUUGAGUAAAAAUCCAGAGCUGUGUCCCAUUUCUCCACUAAAUACAACUUGUAAGCACAUUUUGAGCCUGCGCUUAAACAGAACAAGAAGCUUAAAUAUUUUUGUUCAGUGAUUAAAUUCAGUUUAUUUUCAUAGCAGUUUUACUUUAGAUCCUGUUUUACAGGCUCCAGUUAAGUCAAAAUACCUUCAAAAUCAGUCCCAUUCAUUUUAAUACACUCAUUUUCAUACAGUCUAUUUACGUUGUGUUGCCUUAUAAUUCAGUGCGGUUAAGUUCAUCUGAUCAACUAGUAAAAGGUUAUCUGUCUAAGGAUGCCCUGCCAGUUGCUUUGAAUUGUUGAUGUUGCUGCAAUCAGUCGUCCUAACCAAGCAUGUGACGACAGUUGAAACCAACCGAACCAGAUCCAGGCUCGGUAUGAGCACCAACCUUCUGCAGCUCUCCCACUGUCCAAUAGACAGAGGAAGGUCAAGGUCUACUCCACACACAGACCAAAACAGUAGUACUGUCUAAAAAAAAAACGACUUAGAAAAAAUGUGCGUCUACACAAGAGCGCGCAGCACCACUGAAAACGCUGAACUAUUUAUGCCAGGCCCACUGGUGGCGCUGUGACACUGCCUCAGAAACAGCAAAAACUAGACAAAAACACUGAGCAUGCAGAUGACUCCUGUAAGGUAAACACAACAAUGUGCAGCAAAGAUGCGCAUCGGGUUGGACUAUGGUGUCAACGUUUCAGAAAAGAACCGUUUGCAUGUACCAGCGUUUUGAAAUAUUUGCACUCUGGGAUCCAGUUUAAAAAAUGAUUGUUUAUGAUCCCCCCAAAACACCAGAUCUGUUUACCUUCGCGGAUACAACGUAGCUUGUCCCUGUGUGGACGGGGCAGAAACCACACAUCCUCUCUCUACUCUGCAGAAGCACUUCAGGCUGGCGGUUCAUAAAUUCUGCUCUGUUAGAUGAAACUAAUAGAAAAAGACCUCAUGUUUUAAUUUAUGACCUUACUGCUGAAAUGACGUGUAGUUUGUAAAUUAAAAAAAAAAAACAAGUUUUAAAUCUGAUCAGUUUGGCUCCUGAAAAUGAGCAGAUGUACUCUGGCUGCAUUAUGCUGUCAAUUCCAUCUACCUUCUUCGCUAGAGACGACCGACCAGGAGCCUCUGAAUAAAAUUUCACUUUAGUGUCUGUUUUUCUGCUCUGUUAUGAUGAACAUCUUCAUAAUGACCUCAGCACCUCGCCAGAUCAGAUCAGAUGGGCGUCUCAACGUCUGCCUGUAUGGAAAGAAACAAAAGUGGAUUCUGUAAAUAAAUGUAACGUAUUUUUGAAAAGCAUUGAACAGAGUGGAAUAUUUAAAGCUCUUUUUAGCUUGUAUUCUGACAGUGUUCCUAAAACUAAACCAAAAUCAUUUUUUUUAAUGCUUUUGGGAAUAUUUUAAGCUAACAAAUGCCAAAUACUAGAGGUGGAUGUCUGCUUUUUAAUUUUAAAGAUAAAGCUUUACACUUUAAAAAAUGUGCAGCACUAAAUGCAGUAACCAGAGAUUUAAAUGUCAGGCAGGAGUAAAUGCAGUGAACGUUUCUCAUCCACUUUGACAACCGACAAUUUAAAGCAAGUUUUCUGUAUCAAAGUAGAACUCCACUGUGCAGUGCCUUGCAAAAAAUAUUUAUACACCUUGAGCCUUUUCCCUUUUUUUUUUCCAAAUUCAAACACAAACUUUAAUGUAUUUCAUGGUGAUUUUAUGUGAUAGACCAACCCAAAGUAGCUCAUAAUUAUGAAGUGAAAGGAAACUGACAGUUUUCAAAUUUUAUUUAGAAAUAAAAAACCCAGAUGAUUUAAGUUUGUAGAACCCCCUUUGGCUACAGUUGUAGUAAAAGGUCUUUUGGGAUUUGCUCCAUCAAUUUUGCACAUCUAAAGAUGGAAAAUAGCUAAAGCUCAGUUUGGGUGGAGAGCAUCUGUUAACGGCAAUUUUCAAGUCCUACUAGAAGGUGAAUCUCUGCUCCAUUAUCAAGUCUUUUGAACCCUCUUGCAGCUUCUCUUCCAGUAUUGUCCAGUAUUUAGCUGCAUUCAUCUGCCCAUCAGUCCUGACCAGCUUCCCUGUGCCUCCUGAAGAAAAAGCCUUCCCACAGCAUAAUGCUGCCACCACCAUAUUUCACUGUAGGGAUGGUCUGUUCAGUGUUUUUCUGUCACGUAGCAUUUUGCAUGUAGACCAGAUAGUUUGGUUUUGCCCUCAUCUGACUAGAGCACCCUAUUCCACAUUGUUACUCUGCCCCCUACAUGGUUUGUGUCAAACUGCAACUCGUGGCUUUUAUGGAACCAUAAUUCCAGAUUUCCACAUAAUAAUUGACCCGUGAAGAGAUUCUCCCAUCUGUGGUUCGCUGCAGCUCCUCCAGAGUUACCAUAUCUUGGUGGGUUUGCAGUUGCACAAACUCCUUUUAUUUUCAGAAGAUGGAUCGAACAGUUUAGCAAUAUUGAAGCGUGUCAGAGUAAAGGGGGGCUGAAUACAAAUGUGUGCCAAACUGUUCUGGCUUUUUUUUUUUUGUGAAAAAUAUAAAAACCAGAAUUUUCUUUCCACUUCACAAUUAUGCACUAUUUUAUUACAUAAAAUCCAGUGAACUCAGUGGCUGUUAUGUGACUAAAGCUAAGGGGUAUAAAAUAUGACUAGAAUAAAUGUCUACCAGUGUAAGGCCACUCAAAGCUAUUUUAGACCAGGAGUUUGACUGGUUCAAACGGUUUUUAGAAGUAAAAUAAAUGGAAAUAGGGUUUCAUAGUUUUUUGAAAAUAUUUUGCAAUUGUGGUAUUUUAGGUUUUGUUUUUUGUUUUUUACUAAUUUGUCAGCAUAAUUUAUGUAACACUUCUUUUAGUGCAUAUCAUUUAUUUUUGUGGUCAAGUUAUAACAUUCCUCUAUAAAUGCUUUCACCUUUUAAAAGUAGCGUAACAUUUUAAAUGUUUCGCUAAAGAUUAUCCAGAUUUCAUCUUCUCCAAACAGGUUUUAAAAUGAAACGCAAAUCAGUACAGGCUACUAAAAUCUGAUGCAGAUGAAUCCGAAGUGUUAUUUCCACGCAAGCAGAAAGUUCUGAUGCCUAACUCUGAAACGGUUGCUGUUAUUUGGGUUGUUUUUAUUACCUUUUCUUCCUCCAAUCAGAGAGCAGCCGGCGAGGUGCCCUCCGUUUCUGUCCUACCCGGUUUCUGAUUCAGUGUUUCUACACUACACACUACAAUAAAGUGUUUCCCUUUGUUUAUAUAUUCUCCCCACCUGAACUAAUGUAUCAAAUCUUUAAAUAUUAUCAUGUUAAGAGUAUACUUUAUGCAAAUAUAUAUGAGUAUGACGAGUGUGUUGUAUGUAUCAGCAGUGAAAUAUUUUUAAAAUAAAAAUUAUUUGUUUCUGUCAUA